CCCCAAACCAACUUGGUCUCAUCAAAAGCGAAACCAUUUGUUUCUAACAUUGAUAAACAAUUUUAAUUUAAUCAAAUACAAAAACAUCACUCCAUAGACUUGUCAACCUUCAAUUACUUCUCACCAAUCAUACAAGACCUCACAUAAUAUAUUGCACCAUUAUUACUUCCUUGUGCCAAUACAAAGUCUUUAGACUUCUUAUCCAAUGAACUUCUCCUCCUCUUCCUCUUCCUCUUCCUCUUCCUCUUCAAGCUUCUCCGGCCGGCCACCACCUCACCGGGAACUCCAAGGUCCCCGGCCAAGCCCGCUAAGACUUCACAAGGACUCCCACAAGAUCAAAAAGUCACUUGCCGAUGAGGUUUUACCAAAACAACCGGUCAUCAUCUACAUGGCAUCUCCAAAGAUCAUUCAUACAAAUCCAAGUGAUUUCAUGUCACUAGUUCAAAGACUUACCGGUACUUCCUCCACUUCCAUACUCUCUCCUGCAACUCAUCUUGCACUUGAGCAACCUCCCAAGCAUCAACAUCAUCAUCAUCAUCAUCAACAACAAGAACAACAUGACAGUAUUAGUGCUACUACUAGUGAUCAUAUUUCUGCAAGUGAAACUGCAGUAAGUGUUUAUCCAGGAAUAUUAUCUCCAGUUCCAGCAUCACUACCACCCAUUUCUCCAGGAUUUUUUUCUCCUUCAGUGGAUCCCAACAUGCUGAGUUUCUUGCAUGAACUCAGUCCUGUGUUUCAUGGCAACAGGAGCUAUGUGGAGAACACCUUCUUGAUCAACAAGUCCCAGCCAAUUCAUUUCUCUUACACCCACCAUGCCUUCUCCUGGUGCUUGGGAUAUUUUCAAUCAGUUUUUUGAUCAUUAAUGAUUUCACCUGCUAAAGUUAUGAUCAUUACUACCAAUAUUUAUAAAUGGAUGCAGGUGUCUCUCUAUGUAUCCAUCUGUGAUCUGCCUGUCUUUUUUUUGAACUUUUUUUUUUUUUUGCAUUUUGUUUUUAUUAAAUUUAAUGUUUAAAAUUGUGUGGCCUAAGACAAUGGGGUUAAUGGUUGAGAGAUUGGUAAGUGGUGUAAAAUUUUCUUUAGUAGUUAAAUAUAUUCAAUUGUUUUCAACAUGAGAAAAUUGGUUUAACUUUUCAUGCACUCAUUUUGA